UUCGUCGCUAAUGAAUUUGCUGAUCGGCAUGGCUCGCACGAAGCAGACGGCCCGGAAGUCCACCGGCGGCAAGGCCCCGCGGAAGCAGCUGGCCACCAAGGUGGCCCGGAAGUCGGCCCCGGCGACCGGCGGCGUGAAGAAGCCGCACACGUUCAGGCCCAGGACGGUGGCGCUGAGGGAGAUACGGAAGCACCAGAAGAGCACGGAGCUGCUGAUCUGGAAGUUGCCCUUCCAGCGGCUGGUGCAGGAGAUCGCCCAGGACUUCAAGACCGACCUCCGGUUCCAGAGCAGCGCCGUCGCCGCCCUCCAGGAGGUGGCAGAGGCGUACCUCGUUGGGCGGCCGUUCGAGGACACCAACCUGUGCGCCAUCCACGCCGAGCGGGUCACGAUCAUGCCCAAGGACAUCCAGCUCGCCAGGAGGAUCCGGGGAGAGAGGGCUUAGUUAUAAAGGGGAAUGUGGUUAGAUCUUUGUCAUGUUGGAGGGUGUUUGGUUGUAGGCUUGAUUAUGGAGACUUUGAAUCGUUGUUAUGUAGAUGUACAUCUCUGGGCAUUAAUGGAAUGUGGGUUUGCUUCGCUUUCUUUGA